GCAGCUCCUCCUCCGCGCUGGGCGGGGGCUCCGGCGGCCGCCCGCCUGCUCCGCCUCUUUCUCUGGCGGCUGCGGUGCGGGCGGCUGCGGCGACUCCGGCAAGCGCGAUGGCUGCCAACUGCGAGCGCACCUUCAUCGCCAUCAAGCCCGACGGCGUGCAGCGCGGGCUGGUGGGGGAGAUCAUCAAGCGGUUCGAGCAGAAGGGCUUCCGCCUGGUGGCCAUGAAGUUGGUGCACGCCUCUGAAGACCUUCUUCAAAACAGCCACUACAUUGACCUCAAAGACCGACCCUUCUACCCGGGGCUGGUGAAAUACAUGAACUCUGGACCCGUGGUGGCCAUGGUAUGGGAAGGACUCAACGUGGUUAAAACUGGGAGAGUCAUGCUAGGGGAAACAAACCCUGCAGACUCCAAGCCUGGCACCAUCCGUUGUGACUUUCUGCAAUUCAAAGUAGGAAGGAACAUCAUCCACACGGCAAGUGACUCGGUGGAGAGCGCGCAGAAGAGGAGAUCGCUCUGGUUCAAGCCUGCGGAGCUGGUGGACUACAAGUCCUGUGCCCACGACUGGAUCUAUGAGUGAAGGGAAGCCCCCCACAGGGAACUGUGCCUUCUCAAUGCCUCUCGUCCCAGUGCUGCCCUGGGAGCAGCCCUCUCCAGGCUCAUUUCAGCUCUUAAAUAAAUGGAUGUGAACUGA